ACACCAACCAAAACAAAAACAACAAUGGACUUGGAAUCGCAUUUCCUCAGUUUAUCUACAAAAUUCCUUUUUAUAAAUUGUGGCGGUCAGUUCAACGACUACCGAAAUGAACUGAACACACUUCUUAACGAACUGAAUGGACUAGACUACAAAAGUCAGCAGAUAAGCGAUGUUCGGGCACCGGUGCGUCUGGUGGAAUCCUUUGCCAAUAUCCCCACGAAUGAAGAGACUUUAAUCAUUAAGGCUUGCUGUCUGAUCAAAACACUGGUCAAUCGACAGAAAAUUGUACUGCCGGUGAAUGUUGCCGUAGCUCAGAUUGGUUGGCUGUUCAAGUGCUUGGAACGGUGUUUCUAUCAGGUGGUUUGUGAUGUUCUGGGAACGUUGCAGAUUCUCGUGAAGCACUGUGCUGACCAUGUCGGAUUAUUUGGCGAUUUUUUGGUAUCAACCAAUGGAGUGUUGGUGAAUCUGUUGGCGGAACCAAACUACAGAAGAGUUGGUAAGGACGCUGGAUGCGAUAGUUGUUCCCCCGGGGAAAUUUAUUUGGCUACGGUGCUUUGCCUAGAGGCUUUAUUGGAGGCCACCGGAGAUAGUUCUGCACUCGAACAGUACCUUCCGUUGAUUGGAGAUUCAGUACUGUCCAUAACAUUUCGCAUUAAAAGCGACAUUCUUUCGGAAUCUUCGUUCUACAGUUUGAUGGUUUCUGCAAUCAACUGCUUGCGGUUGGUAUCCGUUCAACAGGAGGAGUGGUUAGUGGAACAUUUAGGGCAACUACUGGGAGUAGCCAAAGCGCAUAUGAUGUAUGGGAUUCCUGGUGUGAAUCAUUUGCCAACUCAAAGGAUAGUUGUGUCACAGCAAGGCGUUCCAGAGCCGCAGCAUAUCCCGAUUAACAUGGGUGGGAAGGUGCCGAAGACGAGAAGAACUAGAACCCCUGCUAAAGCAAAAGGAAAAAGAGCAGCUGCAAAGGUCGGAUCCACGUGGGAUGAAAGUAGCCGACAGCCGUACUCGGAGCAGAGUUUAGUGCUGCAGAUGCCAACACCGGGAAGCCAUUCAAACAGUGCCUAUCGUACAAGUGAUUCAGAUUUCUCGGAAAGCGAAUCGUCACGAGCUCAAAUAGAUCGACACAAAUUAGCGAAAUUGCGUCUUUCAGCAUUGACUCUGAUCAGUACCAUCAGUCAAACGGUUGAGAAAAAAAUUAUGUUCGGUUAUUGGCACGCACUGUUUCCGGACGAAAAUCGAACACCGGCAACGAUCUCGCUGCUGAACUGCGUCCUCAAAGAUCCUUCUCCCAAGUGUAGGAUAGCAGCUGUUCAGGCGACUUCCUCCUUACUGUACAGAUCGAAACCUUUCCUCAUUCAGGCUGAAAGCAGUGAAAAGGCACCAGCUUCAUUUACUCCGUUUUCGAUCGCACUUGGAAACAUGAUCAUCGAAAUGUACGACAUGCUAACACAAGCCCUAGCCGACGAGAGUGAUUUUUCUGUUCUAACACAAAUUCUUAAAUGUUUAACAGUUUUCAUUCAGGCGACUCCCUUUCACCGCUUACGCAAGGGAAUAGUAACUAAAUUUGUUCGAUUUGUGCGGAUUUUGACCCGGCACAAGGAUCCGACAAUUAAAGUAGGUGCCCUGAUGGUCAUGGGAUUCCUGAUUUCGGUCAGUGAGAUUACACCGGAGAUCUCCCAGUUGGUGGGUAUUCCGAAAACUGAAAUCGUCAACAAAAGUAGUGAGAUUAGAGAGAAGACCAAAGCGGAGGUGGCAAGGGUCCAGUACGAUGCCGAAGAGGAAGAAGUUGUUUCAUCUGAUGAGGAUGAUGCGGAGACGUCUAGUGGCGAUGCAGGAAAGGGGAACAGUAGUUCGGCAAUGGGACCGAAAAUGUCCUGGCUGUUACAGAUUGCUCUCGAGAACUUGGGGAUAUCGGUUAAUGAGCAGAAGGUGACAACGCCGUCAGCGGUGAUGCCUGUUCGAAUGGAGUGCCUGCAGAUUAUAUCGGCUAUGACUUUGCACUAUUCACUGCUGGCGGAUCAUCUUCCACUGGUUGCGUCGGCUUUGUUGAAAUCUUUCAGGGAUUCCGUACCGGAAAUAAGGAUGUGCGCAGCUCGAGUACUAGACUUGCUCGGACAUGCCAUUAAUACGUCGUUGCUGUUAAAAGUUACAACCGAUCCGCAGGAAUUGAUCGUAUCUGUACAUUUCUGGACAACGAUGCUGCCAACGGUAACAGAACAGAUUCAGGACAUUGAUCAGAAUCCUAUGAUGCGUGCCGUGUGCUGUGAUGCGUUCGGAAACAUGGGCGUCCACGUAUAUGAAAAGUUACCCCGCGACCGACAGCUCGCUUUGGUUUCCCUGCUGACGGGGUGCACCUUCGAUGAGGACAGUCUCGUCAGUUCAGCAGCCGUCAGAGUACUUUCGGUAUACAUUCUGUUUCCCUCGCUGAGGGAGAACAUCUGUUAUAUCGAGAACACGAUCGAUGCUAUUUUCCGUAUUAUGAAAGAUCCGAAUGUGAUCGCUCGAGUCAAGGCCAGCUGGUCGUUGGGGAACAUCACCGAUGCGCUGGUACUGAAUAGUAGUGAUCCGAAUAAGGAACGUCUCGGUGACGCAGUUAUGCAACAGAUUUGUGAAGCAGCUAUUGGAGCGGCCAGCGAUAACGAUAAAGUUCGAUGCAAUGCUGUUCGAACUAUCGGAAAUGUACUACGCACGUUAAGAUUGGAUCAUUUUUCCCAAAACGUGUGGACUCAGCUUUGCCAGAAAGCGAUCGACAAACUAGUUCACAACACUCUCCACUCAAACAAUGUAAAGGUCAAAUGGAAUGCCUGCUAUGCGAUUGGGAACAUGAUGCAAAAUGAGCUUAUGUUUAGCGAAGGUCAUCGAAUCGAUUGGCAGAAGCAAAUUUUUCCCGCACUUUGCACGAUAGUCAUCAAGUCGAACAAUUUCAAAGUAAGGAUCAAUUCAGCAGCUGCCCUUUCCGUAGUUAAAAAUCGGCCCCAUUAUGGCACCUAUUUCAUUCAAAUUUGGGGCUCUCUGUUGACCGCAUUGGAACAGUCGGAUAAUCUCAUUGACUACAAUGAGUACAAACACCGUGAUAAUCUGCAAGAGCAGCUCUGUCUGUCGCUUUCGCACUUUCUUCGGCUGGCAACGCGGGACGACCUGUUGGCAAUGAGCAACGAACUGCUUCCUUUGUUCGAUACGGUGCGCCAGAAUUGGGACCGGGUUAUCAACCGGAUAUUACCGGAAAAGGCGGCCAAACUGUUUGAAGCACACGUCAAACUGAAAGAGUUACAACCGACGGUCAGAAAUGCGGAAACCCGUGGUGCCGUUGAGAUGAUUUUGAACUGUUUCGCCAGUGAUGGACAUGUUUUGUAGAAUUGUUAUUAUUAUAUCAUCACAGUUUAAUGUAUAUAGAACGUUUAACCAAUUAGCAUUACACUGUCAAACCUUA